CGGACGCCCGAUCCGCAGUCACUUCCAAAAAAAAAAUAGUACGUGUAUUAAUGCUCGAAAGAAAUCUAGCGCCCUGUUGGUGUUGGAGUUGGAGAUGAACCCAACCAACGGUCACACUCACACGCCCUCCUCUCCUCCAUCCAUCCAUCCAUGCGUGAAUGCAUGAUGCGUCUCCCGCGUCCGGCGCCGCUGAACCCUCCUCUCCUCUCUCUCUUCCCUCCUGCUGGAUUGCUUUGGUUUCUUUCAUUUGUUGGCUACGACUUCCUUCUGCUCCUCUUUUUUCGUCGUCCUCCUCUCAACGGGAAUCCGGUGAUGCGCAAUCAUCGAUCGGCGACCUCACCGCCGGCGACCGGACACGGGAACCCACGCGGCCUUCCUCCGCCGGAGUAUCCUCCUCUCCUAGGCGCCGCCGGCUCGGAUCGUUCUCUUCUUUGUUGUUUCAGGUGAUCAAGAGUUGCAAAUAGAAUGUUGACCUGUUGCUGUUUAGAUGACACCAGAUGAUAAUGCCCUUAUUACUUUAAAGAAAGGCAGCAAGCUUAUCAAGUAUAGCCGGAAGGGAAAACCCAAGAUUCGUGAGUUCAGACUUUCUAGUGACGAAAAUACAUUAGUUUGGUACUCCCACAACAAGGAAAAGUGCCUCAGACUGUCUUCUGUGUCUAAAGUUAUACCUGGACAGAGAACUGCUGUUUUUAGGAGGUUUUUACGCCCUGAGAAGGAUUACCUAUCAUUUUCCCUUAUAUACAAGAACGGCCAACGUUCCCUUGAUCUGGUUUGCAAGGAUCAAGCUGAAGUAGAAGUGUGGUUUUCGACACUUGAGUCACUGAUUACUUCAUGCCGUCUAAAUUUUCUGAAUGAUGGUCAAACUGAUAGAGUAUCAUUUUCUGAAGACGUAACAAUCUAUCAAGAUAGCACUUCCUAUGAUACAACGCUAGAUAUCGCCUCAAGUAUUACACGUAGUUUUAACUCAGCUGGUUAUAGCACACCGAAUUCAUUGAAUUCUAUUAGAGCAGAUGUUGGAUCAGACCGCGUAAAUAUGCUAAGAGCAAGUACAGGAGACAAUAGCCGAGUUAGUAUUUCCAGUGCCCCUAGUUCUUCCAGUCAAAGUUCUGGACUAGAUGACAUCGAAUCCCUCGGCGAUGUUUAUGUAUGGGGUGAGGUGUGGACUGAGGUGCUACCCUCUGAAGGAUCCUCCAACUAUUUGUGCAGCAAAACAGAUUUUUUAAUUCCAAAACCUCUAGAAUCAGAUGUUGUUUUGGAUGUUCAGCAAAUAGCAUGUGGCUCUAGGCACAUUGGCCUUACUACUCGGCAAGGAGAAGUAUUCACUUGGGGUGAAGAACUUGGUGGACGGCUAGGCCAUGGUACUGAUACUGAUAUCUGUCGUCCCAAACUUGUCGAAUCCUUGGCAGUGUCCAAUGUGGAAUACAUUGCGUGUGGGGAGUUUCAUACUUGUGUUGUAACUGCAUCUGGUGAUCUGUAUGAUUGGGGUGAUGGAUCAUACAAUGCUGGAUUACUUGGGCACGGAACUGGAGUUAGCCAUUGGCUUCCGAAAAGAGUUUCAGGGCCUCUAGAAGGGCUUCAGGUACUCUCUGUUGCAUGUGGCUCAUGGCAUUCAGCACUGACCAUGUCAAGUGGAAAACUUUUCACAUUUGGUGAUGGCACAUUUGGUUCUCUUGGUCAUGGAGACCGUGAAAGCGUUGCAUAUCCAAAGGAGGUAGAAGCUUUGAGUGGAUUCAGAGCAAUGAAAGUUGCAUGUGGAGUAUGGCAUUCUGCAGCAAUUGUGGAAAUCAGUGGUCAGGCAAGCACAAAUGCAAUGUCAAGAAAGCUGUUUACAUGGGGAGAUGGAGAUAAGAAUCGCUUGGGCCAUGGCGAUAAAGAAGCGAAGCUAGUUCCAACAUGUGUUCAAGCACUCGUUGACCAUAAUUUCCAUCAGGUGGCCUGUGGACAUAGCAUGACUGUUGCUCUUGCCACAUCUGGCCAUGUUUUCACAAUGGGUAGCUCUAACAAUGGCCAGCUUGGGAAUCCAAAAGCUGAUGGUAAACAACCAUGUAUGGUGCAAGAUAAGUUGGGUAAUGAGUUGGUUGAAGAGAUCUCAUGUGGCUCUAACCAUGUAGCAGCCUUGACUUCAAGAAGUGAAGUAUAUACAUGGGGCAUGGGAGCCAAUGGAAGGUUGGGACAUGGUAGUGUUGAAGACAAAAAGAAGCCAACUCUUGUUGACGCAUUGAAAGAUCGUCAUGUUAAGAGCAUUUCAUGUGGUUCAAAUUUCACUACAUGCAUUUGCAUACAUAAGUGGGUUUCAGGUGCAGAUCAGUCUGUUUGCUCUGGAUGCAGGCAGCCAUUUGGUUUCACAAGAAAGAGGCACAAUUGCUACAACUGUGGACUUGUCCAUUGUCAUGCAUGCAGUUCUAGGAAAGUGCUCAAGGCUGCUUUGGCACCAACUCCUGGCAAGCCACACCGUGUAUGUGAUUCAUGUUUCAUGAAACUGAAAGCCGCGGAUACCGGCGUUAUCAGUUCAUAUAACAAAAGGAAUGUCAUCACCAGGCGAUCCAUUGAUAUCAAAGAUAAGUUAGAGAGACCAGAAAUAAGGCCUUCCAGACUUGCAACGACAUCACCAGCAGAGCCAGUCAAGUAUCAAGAAACAAAAAAUGUUAGAAAUGAGACAAAACCAGCCGAUCCUAUGUCCAUGAUGAAAGCAUCACAAGUUCCUGCCAUGUUGCAGUUCAAAGAUAUGGCUUUUGCAGGAACAUUUGGUACAGUUCCAACUACCGUAAAAUCUAUGACAAUGGGAGGUCAAAUGCAAAUGGGCAUGCCAAUGUUUUCACCAUCGCCACCGUCAAAGAAGCCAAGUCCACCUCCAGCGACCGCAAGUCCUCUGAUCGGUAAAGUGGACAAUGAUGGCUUGAAGAAGACUAACGAGUUGCUGAAUCAAGACAUUUCCAAGUUGCAAUCUCAGGUUAAUAAGUUGAAACAGAAAUGUGAAACUCAAGAUGAGCAACUACAGAAAGCAGAAAGAAAAGCUAAACAGGCUGCCUCUAUGGCUUCAGAAGAAUCUGCUAGGCGCAAUACUGUCUUGGAUUUUGUUAAGCAUCUUGACAGUGAGCUCAAGGUUAUUGCAGACAGGGUGCCCGGUGAUGUUGCUGACAACUUAAAAACUUUGCAAAGCCAGUCGGAGAGAUUUCUUGCAGGACAAAGUAGUAAUCUAGUGGAGAUUACUGGCCUUACUGGACAUGAUAUCGGACACCAUAGGUCAAGUAGCACGGGUAGCCUGCCAGUGUCUCAAGAUGGCAGUUCUGGAAAUGCUAGUGGCUCUUCCAUUGCCAUGGCUAGUGACUCUCCAUGUCACCGUAUCAUGGAAAACAACUUGAAGGCUCCAGGUGACUUCGCACCAAAGUAUGGUACUCAUGGAGAAGUGCAGUUGAUUGAGCAGUUUGAGCCAGGAGUGUAUGUGACGCUUAUCCAGCUGAGGGAUGGCACCAAAGUAUUCAAGCGUGUCAGGUUCAGCAAGAGGAGGUUUGCUGAGCAGCAGGCUGAGGAAUGGUGGAGGGAAAACCAAGAGAGAGUGUUCAAGAAAUACAACCAUCCAACUAACUAGGUUCCAAAGAAAUAGCAGUGAAAGCAACAACCCAUGUGAAAUUACUUGUCAUUUUUAGAAUGAGCUACUGGGUAAGAAUCUUGUUUUUCUCUUAUGCUUAGUAAAUUUCUUUUCUUUUUUAAGAUAAUGGAAGUAUAACUUCUGGCCUCUAGACCAAUUAGCAAUGCACACAACCAUAUUUGUGGAUGAACUUUGGUGGAUAGAGUCAGAUACUAAUGCCUCCACAACCACACGGAUGGUGCCUACUGAAUUGCUGAUAUACAUCUUGAAGAGUAUUGAUGAUUGUCCAUUCUUUUGUUCGUUCACAGUUUUUUAUUUGUAUUAGUACAUAUACACACUAAGUACAUUAGUUAUUGUAAGAGAGGAAUCUUUGUAAACAAACAGUGUGAGUUGUAACUAGUAUUUCAUGAAGGAAGAUCAUCAUUUGAUAUUUGUCAACCUUAAUGUUCAUUAAAUUUUGAGUGAAGUGUACAAGCAAUCUCUAAA